AAUCUCAGAAUUGCAGUUCUUUCUUUAGCAACUGUGGGUGAGACUCGGAAUGAAGGACGAAUAAGCGGGAAACACAGCAAAGGGAAGGAGGGAAAACACCUCAGCCCAGUUUGGGGAGGUAAAGGGCACCAGGAAUGCUUGUGCCCACCGAGAACAACCUUGAAUUCAGGGCUGGAAAAAUUGAGCCGAGUCAUUCCAUCUGGCUUCUACCCCGGGAACAGCGGAUCUCCGCGUCGCCCAGGACCUGAGCUCAGCCACACCCGCCGCACUCACCACGUGACGGCCGCAGUUCCUUGGACCAAACACAGAGAAGAAUGCUGGGCCAGCCCCUUUCCAUCCCCACUGCCCAGCCCAAGAAGAAAAGAACACCAAUGAUGUCUUUCUUCUCCAAGGUCUCUUGGAAACUGAGGCUCCAGAAGCGGGAACCUCUGAAGAAUGCGGUUUUCAUCUUGGCAGAGAGAGCCCAGGACGCCAGUGUUAAAAAGCGUCAUAUGGCAAUGAGAGGCCUGGGAACCAUGGCCUGUGAGCGCCCGGACAAGGUCAGAAAGUAUAAGAAAAUUGUCCUGGACUUGCUGGUACAUGGACUGUAUGACCCGGUGAGUUCUGAAGUCAUCCAUGAGAGCGUGAAGACCCUGACCAUCAUCCUGGGCAAGAUGCAGGGGAAAGGCUUGGGCUCCUUCUUCAUAGACAUCACACUUCAGGCCCGGACUUUGCUGGAUGACGAGAAUGACAGCCUGAGAUACUCGGCUUUUGUCUUGUUUGGGCAAUUGGCUGCCUUUGCUGGACGGAAAUGGAAGAGCUUUUUCACCAGUCAGGUGAAGCAGACUCAAGACUCCCUCCUGACCCAUUUACAGGAUAGGAAUCCCCAGGUUGCCAAGGCUUGCAAAACGACUUUUCGAGCCUGUUCUCCGUAUCUGAGACAGAGGAAGGAAUACGGCUUCCAGAGUGAAGAGGAUCAAAGGAACCCUAAACUCUGCCGGCAGCUGGUGAGUGAGCGAGGGCAGGAGAGAUUCUCCCAGGAUCCCUGUCCUCGUGUGUUAAUGCAGAAGGUGAUCAGGCAAACUCCCAGGGAGUUUUCCCCAUAAAAAGACUCAGGCCAAUUGUGUUUCAACUGUAAUUGACCCAUAAUACGAUGUAAAUGACAAAACGCCCCGGAGGACUGUGCACGAAAUGUAUUGGCAGUUUCAGUUCAGAUCUUUAGAUGAAUGCAGGUAAUGGUGCCUCCACCUCUGAGAACCUGAAGAUUGUUUAUCCUCAUGCUCUGCAUUUGACCACCGUCUACUCAUUCUAUAGUCGGGGAGGUUUACUGAAUUGCUCCCUCACCUGUACCUUCGGCAAUUUCUUUCAGAGCCACUAUCAUCCAGAGCUCCUGCAGUUUUUCUAUGCAAAUAAAAUUCUGUGAACAGAGAGCAGCAGAGAAAUGGAUCCUAGAGCACAUUCUCCCUCUUUUAACUGGAUGUUUCUGCUUGCCUCUUGUGAUUGUGAUAGAAAAGGGAAUGUCUAGCAAAAAUAAUACCUUGGAAUUGUGUAAUUAUAUCCAAAGGAGAUUCUAAAUAGCAUGUGUAUGUCUCAUUUUUCUCCCCAUACAAAUUUGAUGAGAAGGUGCAUAUUUUUCUUUAAAACAUUUAAAGUAUGUAUAGAUUCAUUGCUGAUUUCUCUGCUUUUUCCGUCUUAAGUUCAUCUCUGUCAUCUAUUUUUAUUUUUAAUUUUAUUUUUAAUUUCAAAGGCUUGGGAGAAAAACUAUGACCUGAAGUUUAAAAAAUUAUUUUGCUAUUGAUACUUUGUCAUUUGCUUAUUAAUACUUUUUCUUGGCAAGACCUAUUUAAAGUUGGCCAAGGUACCAAGAAAUCAGUUGAGAGGGGUAUCUUUAGCGUCUCAUAAUCUUCAACAGUCACUGCCUCCAAGAUCAUUCCAAAUAAGAGUUAAUAUAGAGAAAAAAAUUGAUGAAGCAUGUGUUGAAAAACCUCAAGUUUAUGGUAAUGUAUGGACUAACCAUAAUGAGUAACAUAUAGUGAGAAUGUUUAUAAUGUAUUGGGUACUCUGCUAAGCACUGUGCAAGUAUUACUUAAUACUUUCAACAAUGCUGUCAGCAAAGUGCUAUUAACUAUCUUCAUUUUAUAGAUGAGAAAACUAAAGUACAGGGAAAUUAAGUAACUUGACCAAGCUGAUCCAGUAAUUGAUGGAGCCAGAAAUCAAACCCUGACUUCUGGAUCCUACAGUCAAUGACCGUGCGGUACUGCCUCAUUAUGGAAUAAUUGACUGAUGGUUAGAAAUGUAAAAAAA